AUGAUAUCCACCAUCACCGAGGGCGAGUUCGGACAAGGCGAGUGGUUUAAAGUGCUCAUUGGUGCAUGCAUUUAUGUCGUUAUGCGAAAAGAGGAUCGACCUUUGCCUAUGGCGGAAGUCGCCUCCACGAUAGGGAUUGAUGUUUACGAAAUCAGUAGAAUGAUUUUACGCGUUGUUGAUUUUUUGAAUUUGAGGCCUGAUUUUCCUGAGUUUGAUAUAGUUCAUUUGUUGGAACGAAUGAUUAGGAAUUGUAGCGGUUGUGCCUCUGCUGAGAGGAAUUUGAUUGAGAGGAUGAGGAAGCAGGGGAUGUUUUUGAUUCAGUGUGCGGUGAAGUGGUAUCUGAGCAUCGAGUGGAGGCCGGUGCCGUUGGUGGUGGCGGUGUUGGUUUUUAUGGUGGAGUUGAAUGGGGUUGGGGUGGGGAUGGAAGAAUUAGCUAAAGAGGUUCAUGCUAGGGUUUCAACUUGUAGGGCUAGGUAUAAGGAGUUACUUGAGACUCUUGUGAAGGUUGCACAGGUGUUGCCUUGGGGGAAGGAUGUUACUGUGAAGAACAUUAUUAAGAAUGCGCUGGUUGGGAUUCAGUAUAUGGAGAGGAAUGCUAUGUUGAAGCAUGGGGAGAAGAGGGAGGAGGGUCUUGAUCAGGCUACGGUGGAUUUGAAGGAUGUGGUUGUUGAAUGCUUGAGAAAUGAUGGUGAAUUUGAAUACGGGGUUGAUGGCAUGUCUAAAAGGAAGGAUUCACGGUAUUUUAUGUUGGAGAGUAAUGCUGGUAGAGUGGGUGGUGGGGAUUCAGAGAGGCAGCAAAUUUCGCUUGAAUGCUUGUCAGUGUUGUAUAAGAAGUUUUUGGAUGAAAAUAAUUGUGCAGAGUCUCUGAGAGGGAGUGGGAGUGCUCAGAAAAGGAGGAUUUUACAAUUUGAUCUGCUAGAGUGUUGGGAGUGA